UCGCUGUCUAAUGGAUAACACCUCUUCACUACACUGCAAGUACAAGAUAAGUUAAUUUUGGACAAUACUUUAAUAGUAAUAAUCCUUAGAACACAAUGGGCUCUCUAGUAUGCGUCGUAAAAACUAAAGCAGCACUUCCUACACUGGGUUCAUAACAAGGCUUCAACCUCAUCAUGGCUGUGAUUCUGGCACACAGGGCAUCCAGGGUUGCACACUUGUCUCUGGAAGAAGACAAACAGGUUUAUGCCUAAACUGAAAGACCAGGCAAGGAGAACAUUAAUCAGAGAUGCAACCAAGAUGCUCUAGAGGAGCUGCAGAGACCCACAGCUCAGGACCCUGUCGCACCUGCAGGUCUUGUGAAGCCGUUGACGUCAGCGAUAGGUCCCCGCCGCGCGGCGGCAGCGGUGCCCCUCAGGCUCAGCGUCCGUCCAGCGCGCAUCGCAGGCAGUUGCGGCACUCCAGUCUCACUCUCUCAUUGCCGCUCCGUAAGAACCAGGCACACCUAAAGACCUUCUCUCCCACGCAUGCACCUCCCGCUUCAGCUGUGAGCCAUCCUCGCCUCUCCGCCCCAGCCAUGUCAUCGGCCGUCACGGAGACGGAGGAGUCGGCGCACAGCUCCCCGCUGACCCCGCUGAAGCUGGUCGGGCUGGUGUGCGUCUUCCUGGCGCUCUGCUUGGAUGUGGGAGCCGUGAUGAGUCCGGCGUGGGUGACCGCCGACGACCAGUACUACCUGUCCCUGUGGGAGUCCUGCUGGAAGCCGGGAAGCUAUGAGAAGUGGCAGUGCAGCAGCACGCUGGGCUCAGACUGGCAGGUUGCCACGCUAGCCCUGUUGCUCGGGGGCGGAGCCUUGGUGUUGAUGUCAUUUCUAGUUGCUUUGGUUGCCGUGUGCAUCGGUACAAGACGGCGAUUCUACGCUCCUGUUGCCUUCAUGCUCUUUGCUGCAGAAGAGCAACGAUUUGAUACCAGAGCUUGUUCUCCUCUCUAUUCCCCUAAAAGUGAACUCCAAACCAUUAAGUUCCAACUGAUUAAAAGUCAGGAAAUCAGUUGUCCUCCAGGCCUGCAGCUUGGUCCUCUACCCCAUCAAGUUCAUCGAGAGCAUCAACCUGAGGAUCUAUCACGAGUUCAACUGGGGCUACGGGCUGGCCUGGGGAGGGACCAUUUUUUCCUUUGGUGGGGGAAUCCUCUACUGCCUCAACCCCAAGAGCUACGAGGACUACUACUAACUCCAGUUAAAGCUGGGUACUUCACAGCUACAUGGUGGCAAAGAAGUAGACUUGGGGAGGGGGAGUUUGUUUUCAACAGCUGAUUUCCCUGGAUGUGUUGGAAACAAUGAACAUCAGAUUUCAGCGGCCCCAUUUACUGUCAGAAGCUUUGACCCUUCGAAACAAAACAGAUGGUCAAGAUAUUUCUUUUCUUGACUCUGUUAAAAUAACUAUGAUUGUUGAAGCAGAGUUGUAGCUGAUCCGAUUUAGCAGAUUCGUCUUGGCAGGGAUUGGUUCAGUUUAUGAAUGGUUUAUUGCUAAGACUUGGGAAACACCCUUCAGAAAUCAACAGAUGGUAGUCGCGACAACUCUGCCCCCAUUCUUGGCUUCAAAAACCCACGUUUUUGACUUUGUUAGAAAAGUCUUUCAUGCACACACCCACUUCUUUGGCUGAAUCUCUUUAAAUCUCUUCACCCCAGUUUCCAGCUCCAUCAUCAAAUCUAUGGCUUGGUUAGAUGUGGUAUUUUGUUUUUCAGAAUCCUUUGGAGUCCCUGAACUUCCACCAGAUGUGGAAGGGGAUCACAUCCUCAUCACUUUUCAACAUACUCUUCCUGGAGGAAGGUGAGGACGGAAAAAAAAAGUAAGACAACUACUCAAUAUUCCGUUAUCGACCCAUUUGUCUGUUACCACGGCAACCCAGAGGGAGGGCACAUGAAGUUGUCAUGAUUGAUUACCCACGGUUGAGGGUUGUAAGACAGUACAGCCCUCGGAGGCCUCCAAGCAUCUUCGAUUGCCCAUCGAACAGAGUUUCUCAAACCACCUGUCAUUUAGUGUACCGUUUCCCCCCCUGGUAAAAGGAGUGUUGUUGUUUAUGCACCAUAUUUUCAGCCUGUCAGUGGUCAGGUUUACAUGUACAACAGGCGUGUGAGAAAGGAGGAACGUUCCAAAUGGAAUCGUGUAAUUAUGCAGUGAUUUGAUGGAGAUUCCUCGGGGCAUUCAUGCCUUGUCUCAUUUCCUGACUGUGUUUAGCAAAUUCCUCAGCCUGGUUAGGGGUGAAAAGAAUGCCUUGCCUUAGUUGGAUGCAAAAACAAUGUCUACUCACAAAAAUUAUACAUGCUUUUAAAUGCUUUCAAUUUGUUAUAAAGGAUCAAAUAGGCAAAUGAGUUGGAGAUCAUUCAACUUUUCUUGUACCAAGUGAUAGUAGUACCACUUCGAGGUUCUUGAGACUAUUCAAGUAUUCACUCAACAUAUCCCUCCAUCUGUGCCUUUCUUCAAGUCAUCAACGCAUUAGGCUGUAAGAUCAGAGCUCAGAAUAUACUCUAUGUAUACAGGCAGAUCAAGUAAACAAGAGUUGCAAGUCCUACACUUGUUCAUUUUGGUGUAAUCCAUUUGGACCCACAAGUUGGGUGUUUUGUGUUCCUUAACUUUAAGCUAAAAUAUCUACCCAACAGGUAAAAAACUAUUUGUUAUAGCUUUAAUAGGAAACUUAUUCUUGUCAGUAUAUGCUGUUACUUGCAGAGGUUUCCAUGUUCCUUUAAGUAUUUUUUUCAUGUUACAACCUCAAGCAUUGAUAUAUUUUAUUGUGAUUGUAUGUGAUUGACUUAUAUAAUGUAGUGCAUAAUUUUAAAAGGGGAAAAAUAUAUCCAUGGUAAAAAUCAGACAACUAUGCUUUACAUUUUUAUUCACCCCUUUUUGUUCUGAUAGUCUUAAAUAAUAUCCAUUUCUUCUUAACUAAUUAGUAUUAGUAGUCCACCCGUAUGUAAUCUAAUCUUAGUAUAAUUGUAGCUGUUCUGUGAAGGCCUCAGAAGGUUGUUAGAGAACAUUAGUGAACAAACAGAAUCGUGAAGAACAAAGCAGAGAGCUCAAUCAACACUGUGAAACAUGGAGAUAUGCUAUGGGAAAGCAUUUCUGAGCUGAUGGAAGUACUGGAGUUAAAUUCUAGGUCAAUCAUGGAAAAAAAUCAUAUACAAGGUGAAGAAGUACUGAAACCGGUGAAGGUUCACCUUCCUGCAGGUCAAUGACCCUACCAUAAAGUUAGAGCUAAAGUUAGAUCAAUGCAUGUUCUUUUAUUAUAAUGGCCCAAUGAAAUUCCAGCUAAAGGUGGUUAAAGGAUUGACCAAGAAGGGCUGUAAGAGCUGGGUUUUGCAUAGAAAUAUUUAGUUCAGGUUUUUCCAGUUUUAUUUUAGAUUUUGAUCUUGAGAAGAUCAAAGGCAGUCCAGGCUCACAAACAACUAGUUGCAAAACAGCCAUUUAGUUUAAUACCAAUAGGAAAUCCUAAACAGAUGCAUGGUUAGCGGCUAAAGGUUAGCCAGUCGCAGUGAUUUGAGAGUUCACAAAUCGCUUCUAUCUUGUCUGUCACUCUGUCAGUGCUUCUUUUUUCUAUCAUGUAUCCAAAAUGCUGCCACACAAACCAUUUAAACAUGAUCGAUGCUUUUUAUAAUGCUUAUUUGAUAGAGUAUCUCAGCCAACUUAAUAAAAAGUCUUUAUUACCCGAC